UUGAAUAAAGAGCGGGUAUCAAUUCGUAGUUGACGAUGACAAAAAUAACCACAACAGAAGGAUCGCAAUGAUUACAAAUAUGGAAAUCGUUUUAUUUAAUUUUGGUCCAUGAUUGUUUUUUAAUUGUCGGCACAGUUUGACCGUUUUUACUUUAGCCGAGGUCACAGUUUCCAACACGGACACCGUCGCUGUAGGAAAAUACGUGCGACGACUGUGUUUACUUAUCUCAUAAGUAGUACGUACGUACGGUUUUUUACUCUUAAGUCCUUAAUGUCCAAAAUGAAGCUACAAGAAAUACCCAAGCCGUUAUUCCUGAAAACUUACGGGAAGCAAAUGCGAAAGCUGACGCCCUGGCUAUCACCGGAGGACCAUAAGCGGGCCUUCGACAACACCCAGGCUACAGACGGGGACGACUCUGUGUUUGAACCUGCUAAACCCACCAGAAUCAGACAGAAGAAAGCUAAUUCCAAAGGAAAGGCAGUCCGCCCUACAAGGAGGAAAGCAAAAGAGAAUAUCACUACCGAGAUUCUCAGCGUUCCCCUCCCUUCUUUUCAUCAACCUGCUCCACAGGGCAAGAGCAUCAGAAAAAGAAAACCUGUCUCUGUGGCAGCUGUCCCAGUGAGAAAGAAAGGGAAGCAUUUAUCCAUGACCAGUGAGAGUGAAGAUGACAUGGUGUUUUCAACAAAACGCUGUCCAAAUCCACUUCAGGUUAACACAAGUUCAAAUAUUCCUCAUCCUUCUUUGGCCCGCUUUGUGACCUGCCGCCAGCGCUCGGUCGCUACCAAACCCACACUCUCAAAAGCAUUUGCCCUUGACUCUAUGGAAGACUUUACUUCUGGGGAGGAUAGUCUAAUCCUCCUCUCUCCCAAAAGGAAAAGGCUGGAUUCAAGCAUGGAGAGUUCCAGCAGCAGCUUGUCUACCAAUCCCUUGCGAGCGACGCUCCUCAAUGAGUCGGCACAUCACAGCGUUGGGUCCAUGAAGCCCAUCUUUAGCUCGACGCCCUCCGUGUGCCCGACCAGCAAACUGCUCGACAUUGUAUCUGACCCCAUCAUGGAUCAGUCCCUCAACCCCUCGUCCUUAUCUGUCAGCUGCAUAAGUGUAAGCACAUUCCCAGAAGACCUGCACUCACCAAGGCAGCCAUGUUCUGCCCCACCCUUUGAGAAGAUGAAGCAGCAGAAGAAUCAAGCAGGCCAGCCUUUUCAUGAAGGACACUCAUAUGACCUUUCACACCCAAAGAGUGUGAUCAAGACAGAUAGACACCCCAAGACAAAUGUGCUAUCAGGAAGCGUACCUGUACUGACUUCAGACAGUGAAAUUAGCAGUUGCUUUGUGUCAGCCGUGAGCAACUUGGUGUCACCCACUGAAGCUCUAAAGCAAAAGUGUUUGACGCAGCACUGCACUGUGAGGGUGGAGAGAUUCGAUCACCUCACCGUGGAUCAACUUUGCAGGCAGAUUGGCUUCUCCUCCUGCUUGGAUCAUCUUAGCUCUAGUCUUACAAGACAAACAGCCGAGCAGCAACCAGUUUGCGCUGACCUGUUGUCAUCCCCAGGACCUUCUUUCGAUGCCAGUUUGUCUGCAGGAAGCAGCGACCAGUCAUCCACAAGCAACAGCCCUGAGUCAGAACUGUCAUAUAGUCCUAUCAAUCUAUCACUGCCAUCCUCACCGCUUUCAGCAGAAGGUGAAUUCAUAAAGCGGUCGGCAUUAGCGCGCAAUGUUGAAUCUCCUCUACACACCAACAGCAGCUUUGACAAAUUCACUUGUGCACAGUUGACAGCCAGCAGUCCUCUACAAAGGUCAACAGAGGAGCAGGAUGCAGAAAAUUUGUUUCUAGGAAACAAAAGCAAAGAUUGUGUUAAAAGUUUGGGUUCAUCCCAAUUUAAAACCGCACUGGUCCAGAGAAAGACGUCUAUAGGACGAUUACGAAAUGACGAAGACGCAGUGGACAUGCAAUCACAGAGCCUCGAGAUGGCAUUGAUUCAAAAGUGUCGAACCGACAAGCUGGCAGUAAGAAUACAGAGACAGACUUCAGCACAAUUGAAGGAGCUGCAGUGGAAAGUCACAAAGUGUAAAUCAGAUUUCACCAGUGAGGUCCUGAUGAAGAAAGACACUCAUCCCAAUCAAGUGUCAUCUAGAUCUGGCAACAUUGUAGCAUCAGACAGAGCGGUCUCCAAAAAUCUCCAAAAAGAUUUCAACAAGCUCGCCAAAAAGAAGAAAAAGAGGAAGAGCCUCUUAACUGGCCGGCCAGGCACGACCCGGAAGGCGUGCGUCAGCGGUCUUAGCGUGAGUCGAUGGAAGAACGACAGUAGGUUUCAAACGGCGCACAAGCUCAAGAAGAGGGGUGCAUGGAUGGCUGCCGACUGCACCAUCGACAAUCUGGUGUCAUCCCAACCCAAAGAACUGCAGGAGCUUUUCGGGCAUACAAGUAAUUUCUCAACCCCAGUGAGAACAUUUUCACUCAACCUCUCGACUGACUUCACGCCGCACACACAGUAUUGGAAUCGUCUCAAAUCCUCGCUCUCCAUUCACCGCAAAGUGCUGCUCACGCCACAGUCUUGCAAAAGGCCGGUGCCAGCAGACAUCAGCCAGCUCAUGUACGACGCAGAGAUGUCCGAUGCGGAGAAAGUGUAUGCAGAGUGUGGCCAGCACGGCCCGCUGUCUUGGAGGGAGUGCUUUUCCCCUCAACGCAUGAAACAGUGUGUCAAGAUUGGGGAGGGAACAUUCGGUGAGGUGUUCUCCUCCAGCAACGCCUCAGGAGAGAAGGUUGCACUCAAAGUCAUUCCAGUGGAGGGCAAUGAGAAGGUGAAUGGAGAAGACCAGAAGACAUUAGGGGAGAUUCUCCAUGAGAUUAUCAUCUCCAAGGAGCUGAGCAGCCUGAAGGACCAACAGCAGAACCAGACUAGCAGCUUUAUUGGACUCAAUGAUCUUCACUGUGUCCGAGGCUGUUACCCUUCAGAGUUCCUCAAGGCUUGGGACAUAUUCGAUCAGGAAAAGGGAUCUGAUAACGACAGACCAGAUUUCUUCCAAAAGGACCAGUUAUUUAUCAUCCUGGAGUUUGAGUUUGGCGGCGUCGACCUAGAGAACAGCAAUGGAAUGCUGUCGUCGCUGGGCGUGGCAAAGAGUAUCCUUCAUCAGGUGACGGCUGCCUUGGCUGUGGCUGAGCAGCAGCUGCACUUUGAACAUAGGGAUCUCCACUGGGGCAACGUCCUGGUUAAACCAACUAAAGAGAAGACUGGUCACUACCUCCUGAAUGGAACAGCCCACUCUGUGGAAACAAAAGGGGUGCUUGUGCGCAUCAUUGACUACUCUCUCUCCAGACUGGAAAUUGAUGGUCUCACAGUAUCCUGUGACAUAUCAAAGGACGAGGAGCUCUUCAUGGGCCAAGGAGAUUACCAGUUUGAUAUAUAUCGGUUAAUGAGAGAGGAGAACGGUAACGACUGGAACAGCUACCAGCCUCAUUCCAAUGUGCUGUGGCUCCACUAUCUGUGCUCCAAGCUGCUAACCAUGAGGUACCGUGGAACAGGUGGAAGGGGCACCAAGAUCACGCAAAAGAAGCUGACACAUUUCCACAAAGACAUCCUGCAGUUCAGUUGUGCAACAGAAGCACUCCAAAAAUGCACCCUGUUUCGAUAGCACGUGUUUUAAUUAGGGAUCAUUUGCCUGUUUUGAGAUAGAUCAGACCUGCAAUAAAAGCCUGUUGUUUUGACAGUCAAGUCUGGUGCUUGUGUGUCUCCUCAAACAUUACAGUAACAUUACUGACCACUUCGUGACUAGUGUCAAAUACUGCAUUUGUCUUUGAAUGCCUUUUAUAUUUGUGUUUUAGUUCAUUUAGCCAUUUGAUGCUUGAAAAUGCUUAAUUUGGGCAAAAAAUAGAUAACUUGCUUUAAUACAGUAUGCAUAUUUAUUUAAUAAUAGGCUGUAUCCAAUCAUGAA